GUUCCGCUGCGCGCACUGCGUUCUGGAGGCGGAGGUUGGGCUGGAUGCUUCCGGGUGGAGGUGCGGGUGCUGCUCCUCCUGUACCUUGUUUUCGGGUGUAGGGGUGCAGGACCCUCCUCCUCCCCGGGGGUGACUGUGGGUGGCCCCCCCGAGGUGACCUACCAGGCACUUGUUAGUGGCUGGUUGCGGCAAUGGAUUCAUCAACCCCAGCAAGUUUGGGAAUGGUUUCAGAUGUUGUCUUCGUGAUAGAAGGAACAGCUAAUUUAGGACCUUACUUUGAGUCACUCAGGAAACAUUAUCUCUUACCUGCAAUAGAAUAUUUCAAUGGAGGCCCGCCAGCAGAGACAGAUUUUGGAGGAGAUUAUGGCGGCACGCAGUACAGUCUCGUGGUGUUUAACACUGUGGAUUGUGCCCCCGAGUCCUACGUUCAGUGUCAUGCCCCUACAAGCAGUGCAUAUGAGUUUGUGCAGUGGCUAGACAGCAUUAUGUUUAUGGGAGGCGGGGGUGAAAGCUGCAGUCUAAUCGCAGAGGGUCUUAGCACAGCCCUGCAACUGUUUGAUGACUUCAAGAAGAUGAGAGAACAAAUUGGGCAGACGCACAAGGUGUGCAUUCUGAUCUGCAAUUCUCCACCAUAUCUUCUCCCGGCCGUGGAAAGCACAACAUACUCUGGUUGCACAACAGAAAACUUGGUCCAGAAGAUCGGAGAGAGGGGGAUCCAUUUCUCUAUAAUUUCCCCACGCAAGCUGCCCGCCUUGCGGACUCUAUUUGAAAAAGCAAUGCCAGUGGGCAUGAUGGAGCCCCAAGCAAAAGAUUACAGUCAGGAUCCCCGCCAUAUGAUCUUGAUUCGAGGGAUGAUCCUUCCAGUUGGAGUUGCAGCUGUUCCUGGUGGGGUUCCACCCAAACAAGUCAUACCACAGCCGCCCCUUCCUGUUCAGCCUCCGCUCCAUAAUCCAAACGCACACCAGCUACCCCAGGUCCAGCCUCCUUAUUUGACGAAGCAGAUGACCUCUGCCCACGCUGCUGCUCAGUCUGUAGUUGAGGCUGCAAAUAACCAGAAAAAUGGCAUCCCAAAUCGCUUUCCAGGGCUUAACCCAAUACAGCAGACGCCACCUGUUGGACCUCCUUUUAACCCGCCUCCAGGUCCCACACUACAGCAAGGGCAGCAACCUAAAAUGGUUCAAUCCACCGCUCCCUUAAUAACGUCAGCUCCCCAACCCAGUCAAGUCUCCACCGUAACCACCGGCCUCGGACCUACAGCGGGACUGUUACCUCAACAACCGCCUCCGCAGCAGCAGCAGCCAGUCUCACAGCCUAUGCAACCUGUUGCAGGGGCGUCAGGGGUACCUGCCCCCCAGAAUACAACACCUCAAAUUGGAGCACCCCAGAUACCCACUACGCAGCAAUCUGUAACCAACAAAAUGCUGGCCUGGAGUGGGGUACUCGAAUGGCAGGAGAAGCCUAAACCAGCGUCGGUUGACACUAAUGCUAAACUAACACGGUCUCUUCCUUGUCAAGUUUAUGUCAAUCCUGGGGAAAACCUGAAAACUGAUCAGUGGCCUCAGAAGUUAAUCAUGCAGUUGAUCCCUCAGCAGCUCUUGACGACUUUAGGACCCCUGUUCAGGAAUUCUCGGAUGGUGCAGUUCCACUUUACAAACAAGGACCUGGAGUCGUUGAAGGGAUUGUACCGCAUUAUGGGCAAUGGAUUCGCAGGAUGUGUACACUUCCCACACACCACUCCGUGCGAGGUGCGAGUUCUUAUGCUGCUUUACUCUUCCAAGAAGAAGAUCUUCAUGGGGCUCAUCCCUUAUGAUCAGAGUGGGUUUGUCAACGGUAUCCGUCAGGUGAUAACAAAUCACAAGCAAGUGCAAAUGCAGAAAAUCGAUCAGCAUCGAAAUAUGUCCGGUCAGCAGAUGGCGCCAGGUAUGCCCUCGGUUAACCCAGUUACCAUGUUAGACGAGCAGCAGAGAUCGCAGAAUCUGCUCCAUGUCAGAGUGCAGCAGCAGCCACAGCAGGCAGGCACACAGCCUCCACCGCAAGCACCACAAACUGCUGUCCAAGCACCCGGCCAGCCUCAGAACCCGCAGCAAGGAACCAUGCUGAGACCGCAGAAUCCUGGAGCCAACCCUCAACUGCGCAAUCUCCUUCUCAGCCAGCAGCCGCCGCAGACCAAUGUCCCUCAGGCCCAGCAGCCUUUGCACCAUUUACAGCAGACUGCGCAGGGCUUGCUACCCCACCAGGCAAUGGGACAGCAGAUGCAGCACCAGGCGGCGGGACAGCCGCAGCUCCAGAUCCCAGGACAGUCCCUCAUGCAUCAAGCCACCGCUCAGCAAUGGGGCAAUCAGAUGACUCAGCGGGCACCUAUGCCAGGAGCAGGGAUGAUGAUGAAUGCUGGACCCCGAGGACCCGUCCCCCAGUCUGGACUUCAGCAAGCACAGAGUGUCAUGGAGGACGACAUCCUAAUGGAUCUCAUUUAAAGACUCAAUACUGCAGGACUGGCAAAUCACUUACCAAUGGUUGUCAACCAGCAUCUCCCGCUGUGCUGAGCCGGAUGUUAUCAUGGGUCGGUUUUGAAGACUGUGUACACCAAAGAUGGACCACCACGAUCUUCCAGCUGUUGGCCUGCAUGCCUCAUGAAGUCAUACCUCAUGGGAAUUGUAGUACAGCUUCUGGGAAGCCUUUGUUGGCCAUCCUUAGUGCCAGCUCUGCCUUACUUUCCACCUAAUAUUUUAGGACUUUACACCUUUAACCUGCAUCCACCACCUUCACCAACAGCUGGUAUUUGGCAAGUUGGCUUUUUUAGCUAGUUGCUGCUUCAAGGCGGCCGCAUAGGAAAGUGAUUCUAGACUUUGAUCACACUGCUUUCUAGGAAGGCUUAAUUAGUUGAAAGAUUUUGAUUUGUAUUUCAUGUCCCCUAUAAUCACUCUGAGAUAUCGGUUUUGUAGUGCGGCGAUGCACGGAUUUGGUUCAUAUUCAGACUACACUCCCAUCAUGCCCAUGCAGCAAGUAGUACCGACCUUCGCUGAUGGCGCAGAACUUCCCAGCGAAACAUCGGAAGGAAUGGACACUGGAAUAAUGGGGCUUUUCAAUAGCUACAGUUUAUUCCUUAGGAAAACAAUGGCUUAUUAGUUCUGUUUUUUUAUGACAGUGAAUUAAAGUCAUCUUAUAAACCUGAGGGUUUUAA